AUGAGUGCAAAAAUGCCACAGAACUGCAUGGUAGUUUCCUCAGCUGAGGAAGCGAAAUCAUCGUUGGAAAGGUUUUGGAAGUUGGACCAAUUAGAGCCAAUUAGAAAAUACAGGACUCCAGAAGAAAGGCACUGCGAAAAGCACUUUAUUAAUAAUCUUCAGCACGCACAAGAUGGCAGAUUAAUAGUCAGAUUACCGUUUUCUGAAGAUCCUUCAGCCCUGGGCAAGUCUUGCGAUAUCGCUACAAGGCGCUUCUAUUCGUUGGAAAAAAGGACCUGUCCAGAAAUUAAGAGGAUGUACAACGAAUUUAUGGCAGAAUAUGAAAAACUUGGCCAUAUGAAGCAAGUGAUGCCGGAUCAAAUACCGAAGGCUCACUACUUCAUCCCACAUCAUUGUGCUCUGAAACCAGAGAGCACUACUACGAAAUUAAGAGUAGUCUUUGAUGCCUCCUGUAAAACGUCGUCAGGAAAAUCUUUGAAUGACGUGCUGCAUCCAGGACCAGUUGUUCAGAGUGAUCUGUUCUCUAUAUUAUUGAGAUUCAGAACUCACAAAUAUGUCUUCACUGCAGACAUUGAAAAAAUGUAUCGCCAAGUAUGGUUGAAUCCAAAUGAUCAAUUUAACCAAAUGAUUGUUUGGCGAUAUGAUUCAAAUGAACCAAUAAAGUAUUAUAGGUUGAAGACGGUGACAUAUGGCACAACAUCAGCUCCGUUCCUGGCCACUAAAUGUUUGGAACAUUUAGCCAACAUUAACUCUGAAAAAUGGCCACUAGGAGCAGCCGCAUUAAAAAACGAUUUUUAUGUGGAUGAUUGCUUGACCGGAGCAGACACGAUACAGGACGCAGAAAGGAUUCAACAAGAACUAAAUAAAAUCCUGCUGCCGUGCGGAUUUAAACUAAGAAAAUGGUGCUCUAAUACACACCAAUUAUUAAAAGGAUUCCUACCUGAAGACGUCGUCAGCACCAUAAAUUUGGGUGCAGCGUUAGAACAUACCAGUGUAAAAACACUGGGAAUUAUAUGGACUCCAAAGGACGAUCAUUUGUGUGGCAGAGCACAAGAGCAAAAAACUCAGAGCAUUACUAAAAGAGUGGUAGCUUCUGAGGUCGGUCAAAUCUUCGAUCCUCUUGGCCUGUUUUCACCAGUGAUAAUAAGGGCCAAAAUAUUUCUGCAAACCCUGUCACUUCAACAACUGGAUUGGGAUACGGAAAUAUCAGAUUCCCUAAAGGAAAGGCUCAAAAUAAAAAUGCCAACAGAGAUCAUUGAUCUACCACACCACCACAUAAGUGCCUAUGUUGCCUUGUUUUUGUCGCUCGGAGUCAUAGUUGUUUACUUGUGGAAACGAUUCCAAAAGAAGACACCUCCACAAACGUCAUCAUCUUCAAAGGACAUCGAACUAGCAGAACAUCCUCGGUUACUCAGCUCAUCAAGGAUGCACCAUCUGAUGCCUUCGUCCGACGCCUUUGAGAUCAACAUUGGAUGA